CUGGAGAGAUGAAUAAUAACUUCUCUGGUCUUGGAAAAAAAGCAAUCAUUUCAAAGCGAAAGGAAAAAGGGAAAACGUAAAGGGCAGAGCCCUUUUUCUUCUUCUUCUUCGUGAAGAAGCUGCAUCCUCAGAUUUUUUCAAGGGUUUCUUUCGAUGCCCAGCUGAGAUAAAGGAAACGACUUUAUCUAAGCCAGCGAGAUUAUCAUCAGGUUUAAUUGGUGUUAUUUGACAAGGAUCAUUGAUUACCCCCUGAAAACUCGAGCUUCUAGAUCUAUCGGAGCUCGUGGGUUGAUAAUCGCUUACUUCAAUCGAUGGGAGCAGUGGCUGCGUGGCUUGCUACAGAAAACAAAGAUCAACUGAAACCCUGAAGGAUCCACCUUCCAAUUCCAUAGCUCAAACGAUUACGAAACCGAGUGUCUCAGAAGAUUUCUGGUCAACAAGCACAAUUGAUAUGGACAACACCACCUUCCCUUCUCAGGGGAGCAUAUCAUCAAACCAGACUUUUGAUUCUCAAUCCGGUGCCAGAAACUCAAAUGCUCCUCCUGAAUUUGUAAACCAAGGUCUUCUUCUUUGGAAUCAGACCCGGGAGCGUUGGGUGGGCAAGGAAAGACUCAAUAACCCACCGGAUCGCAAUCAAGGAGCCAAGUUAAAUUGGAACGCAGCAUCUUAUGAUAGCUUGCUGGGGAGCAACAAGUUAUUUCCCCAACCUAUUCCUCUCACUGAAAUGGUGGAUUUUCUAGUGGACAUUUGGGAACAAGAAGGUCUAUAUGACUGAUGAACAAGACUUGAAAGACGCACAAACACACACACAUACACUCUGGUUCGGACAUUUCCGAUUUUUUUUUGGUUUCGGCUUUGUUUUCGUUUCUGAAAUCCCUUGUUGUAACCAUCUUUCAGUUGGAAUUGAUCUGAGAAAAAUGGUAUUGUGGCUCUUACUUUCUCACCGUAAAAAUGAGAAAAACCUUGUUGUACCAUCCUUCAAGUCAAAAGGCUUAAGACCAAAUCAGUAACACAAUCUAAGAUAUGUCUUUGUGUCUCUAUGUCCAAAUUUACA